AUGGAUUCUCGACGACUGACUGUCUUUCCGAGAACAGGAAAUGGCUCAGACAACGCCAGAUUUGCCGGCCGCAACGGUGACACUCAUCCGCCCCAAGCUCCAAAGCGAAAAGUUCAAAGCGGCAAAGAGCCGGCAGACCCCAAGCUUCCAAAGCUUGCGCCAACGCUCCGAGUCAAACGCAAAACGUUCACGCCAAUCGACAGAGAUCCCGAGCAACGCUAUCGGUGCAUACACAGCGUGGAUCCAGAAGGAGAGAGACCCUACUGCCUAGCCCAGGAGAUUGCUUCAGACGCCGCCGAGCAUGCCUAUCAGGUCGUGAUGAUCCGACGCAGCCCAGACAAGCCCGUUGUGGGCCUGGACAAGCCGGAUCCGAAUCUCCUCAACAUCGUGUCUGUCUUUCGGUUUCGAGAUUCUCUGUUCACCGUGUUCGACAGACCCGGCCUUCCCCUGUCUGAGAUUGCCGUGUCUCACUCUCCUCAGCUGGGGCUAGCCGAGGUGAAGACGAUAAGCACAGAGGCGCUUUCUGGUAUCUGCGCUCUGAGCGCAGCAGGCCUUCAUCUGCCGUCGAUCGAUGUAGAAGACAUCACGGUCUCUGCAAGCGAUGGCCAAGUCAAAGUCGGUGAGUACAACUCGUGUCUUAGAGGACUGCUGACCGCUGAACGACAUGCUUUUGGGGUCAUGCUAGAAGAUCUAGUGUCCCGUGUCCCGAGUCCUUCGGCGCUGCAGCAAAGCGACGACCUCCAAGCUUUUGUCCGACAUGCCGACCAGGCAACAUAUCGAGAGCUACAGAAGGACGGCUUUCUGGAAGACUCGCUGCCCGCGCCGUCGCUGGUUCCUUUUGUGGUAAAUGCCCAGAUCAUAGUGUUUCCAGUCGAGCAUGUUGCAGAGGCUCGCAUUACCGAGUUGGCGAUGUCACAGCCACUGAUGAAGUAG